GCUCGAGGACAGGAGGCGGAAGAGGUGUGUUUUCUUCACCACACACACACACACACACACACACAACACAACACACCGAGGUCUCCACGAAAUAGCGAAAGCGUACAAAGUACAGGUGAGGAGAGAAGAAGAAAGAAGAAAGGUAGGAGAAAGGGAAGUUAAAACACAAGCGGCAGGUUAUCAGCUGUUCGUCUGAACGCAGCUGCGCCUCAUGCUUCAGUGCGAGAGCAAAACUUCUGCAGGUCAAAGACGGAAACAACGAGAACAUACGUGUUUACAGACACAAGCCACACACAGAUGAACCCGGAGACUUCCUUUGGAUAAAACUGCAUCCAAUCAAACCUCAUCCGGGAAGUUUUAGUGUUUGAUGCCACCAGGAUGGGGAACAGCAGCAGUGACAGGUCCGGCGGGGGUCAGGGCGAGAGGUCAGACAGAGAUGGACAACAAGGAGGGAAGGAGGCCAGUCCCAACAUCCUGAUGGACAGCGGCGAGGACGCAGACCUUUUCCCCAGAGACGAUAAGGCUCCCGAGGAAAUACAGGAAUUUCUGGCCUGGAAGCAGGACAUGGAGAGCGACAGCAAAAGUCCAACGGAGGCCAGACCAACGAUGUUCAGGUGGUCUGGUGCCGCCAAAGAAGUCUUCGUGUCCGGCUCUUUUAACAACUGGGCCACCAAGAUCCCUCUCAACAAAAGUCAGAAAAACUUUGUGGCUAUUGUGGAGCUGAUGGAGGGAGAGCACCAGUACAAGUUCUGCGUAGACGGUCAGUGGACCCUGGAUCCUGCUGGGGCUGUGAUGACGUCUAAGACAGGAACAGUAAAUAAUGUCAUCCAGGUGAAGACGACUGACUUCGAAGUCUUUGACGCCCUCAGGAUCGACUCGGAGGACUCUGAAGAUAUUUCAGACUUGUCCAGUUCCCCUCCCGGCCCCUACCUACAGGAAGCAUAUGUGAUCAAGCCCGAAGACAAGAUCAAACAUCCUCCCAUCUUACCUCCCCACCUGCUGCAGGUGCUGCUCAACAAGGAAACAGGCAUCUCUUGUGACCCGACGUUGCUGCCAGAGCCCAACCAUGUGAUGCUCAAUCACCUGUACGCCCUCUCCAUCAAGGACGGGGUGAUGGUCCUCAGUGCAACGCACCGAUACAAAAAGAAGUAUGUGACCACUCUUCUCUACAAGCCAAUAUAAUCCCCAAAGCCACCAUCCAGCCUCUUAUUUUGAAACGCUAAUAAUGAAUCUGUUGUACACCGCUGCUGCUUGAAUGUUUUAUUAAAUAUCUUUCUGAUAUCAGUUAAAAAACAUUUUCCUAAAUGUGUUUUUACCAUCCUGAAAUCUCACAUUUUUAAAACCAUUUUAACGUUUAAUUAACUUGCUGCACAAUGUUUGUGAAUGUAUGAUCCAGCCAUAACUGCAACCUAAAGAUUCCUUUCUUAUAAUAAAUCAAUAUAAACCAGAAACUUCAAGAGACAU